GCCCCACUCGGCGUCUGCCGGGCCCGCUCGGCUUCCGGGGGAGCCGGCUCUGUCGGGCGGGGGCUGUGGGCGCCAUGGGGCUGAGGCGGCAGAAGCACGCCAAGAAGAACAUGGGCUUCUACAAGCACAACUUCCACUUCCGUGAGCCCUUCCAAGUGCUGCUGGACGGCACCUUCUGCCAGGCCGCGCUCCGCAACAAGAUCCAGAUCCGGGAGCAGCUGCCGGGCUACCUGGGCGGUGCCACCCAGCUCUGCACCACCCGAUGCGUUCUAAAAGAACUGGAAUCACUGGGGAAGGCACUGUAUGGAGCAAAAUUAAUUGCCCAGAGAUUUCAAGUGAGAAGCUGUUCUCACCACAAGGAUCCUGUGAGUGGUUCGACGUGUUUACUCUCCCUGAUUGAAGAGGGCAACCCUCAUCACUACUUUAUUGCUACACAGGACCAGGAUUUAGCAAACAAAGUGAAAAAGAAGGCUGGCGUUCCUCUCCUCUUUAUUAUUCAGAACACUAUGGUACUAGACAAACCUUCACCUAAAUCUCUGGCAUUUGUUCAAAAGCUGCAGACAAAUGAUCUUGUUCCAGAGCACCAAAAACAAAGUAUUGUACAGCUUAAAGAAAAAGAAGGACUAGCAAAGCAAGAAGGUGGAAAGAGAAGAAAACGUAAAAGGGCAGGCGGCCCAAAUCCUCUCAGCUGUCUGAAGAAGAAAAAGAAAACACAGGAGGGUCAGGAGCCCUCUGCUGAAAAGAAGAAAAGGAGAAAAAGAAAGCAAAAUAGAAUUAAAGCAGAAGCUGUGCAGUCAGUGCAGAAGAAUGAAGAAGAAUAAACCCAUCUCUCUGUACAAUGCAGGACUUGAACAUUGCUUUACCUUUGCAAAAAGAUUAAUAUGCAGUCAUGUGAAAUCAAGUGAAUAAUAUGAAAACUUAUUUUUAUGAGAUGGUACUGUUUAUUACUGCAUCUCAGCAUUUUCAGGUUAUUGUCCUAGUAAUUUAUUUUGUUGUUUGGUAAUUAAAACAUAUUUAGUAACCCUCAUGUUCUGUUAUUCUCUCCAGCAUCUUGCUUCCCACCAGAGGGUUUGUAUGAUUGGUAGCAGCUUUUUGUUUCAUGUGGGUUUGGGUGGGUUACUACACUUUCUAAAUCUAAUUUGCUAUUCUUACUAAGACUAGUUUUGACAGUUCUGAUACAGAUUGCGGAUUUGACCUAAAAAAGCAUAGUAUCUCAUUUAUCUGCAUUGUUUGACUAUGGAAGCUAA